AUGACAAGAUCAGGCGCCCUCGCUCACCUCGCCGGCGCUGCGGCGCUCUUCCUGCUGGCCGCCGCCAUCCCGGCGACGACUGUUGUGGUGGUGCCCUCAGAGGCCGAUGCCCUUCUGGCAUGGAAGGCCAGCCUCAUCGAUGCAGCCGCGCUCUCCAGCUGGACCCAGGCCACACCGGUAUGUGACUGGCAUCGGGUGUACUGCAACAACAAAAGCGUCGUGGUGGGUCUAGGACUAUAUGGACUCGGUCUAUCGGGCGGGCUUGAUACGCUCGACACCGUGGCGUUGCCGGCGCUCAUCAAUCUGGACCUCAGCAGGAACAACCUUGGCGGCGCCAUUCCGGCCAGCAUCUCGCGGCUGCGCUCCCUCAAAUCACUCGACCUCAGCAAUAACGGCUUCAAUAGCUCCAUCCCGCGACAGCUCGGUGACAUGGCCGGCCUCGGCGAACUCAUUCUCAACAGCAACAGGCUUGUCGGCAAUAUCCCGCGGCAGCUCUGCAGGCUCAUAUCCAUAUUGACACUGCAAAUCUCUGACAACCAGCUCAGCGGAGAGCUUCCCAACUGCUGGUGCAACCUCAAGUCUCUGCAAGUCAUGGACCUGUCCACAAACCUGCUCACCGGGGAGUUCCCAAACUUCUGGGGCAACCUGGAGGCUCUGCGGUACAUGGACCUGUCCGAUAACUCCUCCUUAGGUGAAUUCCCGACAACUACCGCAAGCCACAACUGCUCUCUCGCCGAUCUAUAUCUCGCUAGAAAUGCUUUUGUUGGAGCUUUCCCACUCUUGGAUAGUUGCAACUCGCUGGUCGAGCUCGACAUCAGCAGCAAUAGGUUUAGCAGCUCCAUUCCGCCACACCUCGGUGACAUGUACAACCUCACCAUCCUCAACCUCUACAAUAACAGCCUAGUCGGUAACAUCCCACACCAGCUCUGCAAGCUCCUCUCCAUUGGCAAUCUAGAUUUGUCCAACAAUCUGCUCACCGGGGAGCUCCCGGACUGCUGGUGCAACCUCCACAGUCUGUCCAUCAUUGACCUAUCGAACAACCGGUUCACAGGGAAGCUCCGGGACUGCUGGUGGAACCUCAAGGGUCUGCAGUUCAUGGAUCUAUCCAACAACUCCUUCUCAGGUAAAAUUCAUGUGGCCAUGGCAACCCACCACUGCUCUCUUAAAUUACUUUAUCUCGCCGGAAAUGGCUUUGUUGGUGCUUUCCCGCCGGUCCUAGAGAGUUGCCACUCGCUGACCACUCUGGACAUGGGGAACAACAUGUUCUUUGGUGUUAUCCCUCCAAGGAUUGGGAGUCAAGUUCCAAUGCUUAGAAUCCUUAGCCUCAGAUCAAACAACUUCACUGGAGAAAUUCCUUCAGGUUUAUCACAGCUUUCACAGCUUGAGCUGCUUGACAUGUCCAACAAUAGCUUGACUGGCUCGAUUCCUAUAGGCUUCGGCAACUUGACCUCCAUGAGGCACCCAAAAAAUCUUUCAACUACAGAUAUCCUCUAUUGGAAUAAAUAUAAUGCUAGACUCGACAUAAUCUGGAAGGGCCAUGAGCAAAUUUUCAAAAGCACAAUCCGAUUAUUAGCUGGUAUCGAUUUAUCAGACAAUUUGCUUUCCCAGUGUAUCCCAGAAGGGCUAACAAAUCUUCAGGGCAUCCGGUUCCUGAACCUAUCAAGAAACCAUCUGUCAUGUCGCAUUCCCCAAGACAUUGGUAGCCUGUCUUUUCUCGAGUCCCUCGAUCUAUCAUCUAAUGAACUUAUAGGAAUCAUUCCUCCAAGCAUCACACAAUUAUCAGGGAUGGGUGUGUUGAAUGUCUCAAACAAUCUCUUGUCAGGCAAGAUACCCAUUGGGGGUCAGAUUCAGACCUUCACAGACCCUUCGAUUUACUUCAACAAUUCUGGGCUAUGUGGAUUUCCUCUAAACAUUUCGUGUGCCAAUACUUCGCUUGCACCGGAUGAGAGAAAUUCUGAAGAGGAGGACAACUGGAUGUACUACAGUGUGAUUGCUGGGAUUGUGUCUGGUCUCUGGUUGUGGUUUGGGAUGCUCUUUACAGUUAAGUCCUGGAGAUGUGGUUUUCUUUCCUUUGUUGAUGCCAUGCAAUGUAAAAUUAUGAAAAAGUUGUGA